AUCCAUCCAACCUUGUGCCUGCUGAUAAGAAUUUCAUCAUAAAGGAAAAAAAAAGAGAGAAAAAAAGGUGAAGUCUGAGAAGGUCGAUCCAUAUUACUAUUCUUCAAAAAGGUUCCCCGCUUGCUUUCUGAGGCAGCAAGUACUGAAAAUUUUGAGGAGGAAAUCUUUUUGUCAGGCCCAGAGCAGAUGAUUUUUACUACUGGGCAAUGCCUGAUGCAGCGAAGGAAUGGAUUGUUCUCCUAUUGCAUACAAGAUUUACCGUACAAAAUUAAUGGAGAGGAAGAUUUAAAUUCCAUUACAUCUCCACGUCUUCUUCCCAUCAGAAACUGCAAUUUCAUGGCGGUACAUGAUAGAGCUUCCUAUUCUUUCUCUGGAUCAUUCACUAAUUACGAUGUGUUUCUCAAUUUCAGGGUUGAAGAUACUUGUAAUAACUUCACUGGUUUCAUUUACAGAACUCUGAAAAGAGAAGUAAUCAAUAUGUUUAUAGAUAGUGCACAGUUGUGGGGUAGAAAAGAGAUGAAGCCGAUGCUCCUAAAAGUAAUCCGAGGAUCCAAAAUCUCGACUCCUGUUUUCUCUAAAAACCAUGCGGGGAGCAAACAAUGUCUCUUGGAACUGGAAGAGAUGGUUAAAUGCCAUAGGUACAACGGUCAAAAAAUUCUGCCCAUAUUCUAUGACGUUGAGCCAACAGAUGUUCGCCAUCAGACCAGUGGAAGUUUUGCAAGAUCGUUUCAUAGACAUGGAAAGAAACUUGAUGCCCAGGCCAUAGAAAAUUGGAAGCAAGCAUUGACUUUCACAGCAGGAAAAAAGGGUUAUGAUCUUAAGCAAGUAAAAUGGAAUCAACCCAAACUAGUCGACUUAAUUGUUGAUUGGGUUUUGAGGGAGUUGAGUAGCAAUCGCUUGGGUGAUGCUAAAAGUCCUAUCGAGGCGGCAAGUCCAUCUGACCUUGUGAGGGCCAAUAAGAGAGUACAUCAUGACGUAGAUGAGGAGGUUAUGCGGAGAGCAAAUGGUGAGCAUUCAACACCUGCUCUAGAAGCAAUCCGAGGAUCCAAAAUCUCAAUCCCUAUCUUCUCUCAAGGCUAUGCGGAGAGCAAAUGGUGCCUCAUGGAACUGGAAGAGAUGGUUCUAUGCCAUAGAUCCAACGGUCAAAAAAUCCUGCCCGUAUUCUACGAUGUUGAGCCAACAAAUGUUCGCCAUCAGACCAGCAAAAGUUUUGCAAGACCGUUUCAGAGAUAUGAAGAGAAAUUUGAUAGCCAGGCCGUACAAAAUUGGAAGGAAGCAUUGAAUUUCGUAGGAGGAAAAGAGGUAUAUAAUCUUAAGCAAGUAAUUGGGUAA